AUGAAGAAGAGAGUUUCGAGGCUUUCGAGGCGUCGCAAGCUUUGCCUCCGAUCAGUCCCCUCGAGGCCGGCCCAGCUUCUCUACUUCACUAACGGCCUUCUCUUGCACAUGGCCGUGACCACGGAUGGCGAAGGCUGGACGAUAACAGAGCGAAAGCCGGCAUUGAGUCGGCGGAAGUCGCCCCCGCGGCGGUCUCCCCGAAAACGCUCGGAUGAGAAGCUCGCCCACUGGGCGUACGGCGCCGCCCCUUUGGGGGCAGCUUCACAAAAAGCCGGGGCUCUUCCGCAGCCGUCGCCGUUUGGGCUACCGAUACCCGUGACGCUCGCCGACGUCGUAAAGCUGGCACAGGAGAAGGCCAAGGAGAACGACGGCAAGCUUCCCGAGGAGGAGCCCGCUGAUGAGGAGCCAGGAGUUGGCUCGGGCAUGGACAGUCCCAGCGCAGAGCCUCCGGAGGCAGCGCCGGUGAAGAAGCCGGCAGCGCCGAACAUGAAAGGCGUGACCAUCAAGAACUGGCUGAAUCACACCCUUGGCCAGGCAACGCAGAAGUCCGAGAACGCCGCAGCGGGUGGCAGCAUGAAGCCGGCACAGGGCCUGGCCCAGUUCGGCAUUGACAACGCAGCGCUGGCGAAGCUGGGUAUCGACCAGCAGUCGGCGGACCGAGUCUAUCGGGCCAUGUUCGUCUACUCGCAUGGCCUCCAUGCCGUGCUGCAGGAGGCUGCAGGCCGCACGCGCAACUCCAACGAAGCCUUGCUGGUGCUCUGGCGGGCUUUUCAAGCUGUCUUGGAGCAGGCAGGGCAUGCGGAAGAGCAGGGCUCCGAGAGCAUCGGCGCUCUGGUCCAGCAGACCCAUGAAGAUGAGAAG